AUGGGGAACUGGACGUCGACGGAUCAGGCAAAGGGAAAGCGGUCGAACCUGCCCAUAACGGAGGAGGAAUGGAACAAACACGAGGGCAACAACUACGUCAUCUUCCCGCACUAUCUCGAAGAUGCCGAUGACGCCGGCGAUCGCUCUGGCGAUGAAGGCAACGGUCGACUUCGAAGAGGCCCAAGAUGGUCGCACAUCGAAGCCGUCUUGCAGCGCAAGAUUGAAGAUGUCGAUCAAUUCGAAAAAGCGCUGGCGGACUUGGCGUGCCGCGAGGUGCACUGCUUCUUCUUUCAGGAGUUCUACUCCAAGCCCAGCGACGAGGCCAAGCGCUUCUUCGACGUCAUCCUCCCCACCAUUCAGCGCCUGGCCCUCCGGCUGCCGGAGCUCUUCCCCGUGGACCAGCGCGUGCCGCUCCUUCUGCAGCAGCGCAACGACAAAGUCGUACUCACGCAGGAACAAUGCGCGUGCCUGCUGGCGUGCUCGUUUAUGGGCGCGUUGUGGAUCGGCCCCAUCUUCUACGCCAAGCAGGCCUUCCAUGAGUUCGACGUUCAGAUGCUGUUCGUCGCCACCUUCGGUCCCGGCGUGGGCAAGCUACAGUCCGUGCUCCACUACUUUGACCGUCUCAGCGAAUCCAUUCCGCCGGGCAAGGUGACGUUCCGGCGCCAGGUGCUGGGCAAGCGGGACGUGCCCAACUGGGCCAAGAGCACCCGCCCCAUUCGCCCGAUCAAGGUCGACCCCCGGGGCAAGAUCGAGGACGCCGACACCCCGUUCCACGCCGACUUUGCCAACAAAUACAUUGGCGGCGGCGUACUCAGCAGGGGCUGUGUUCAGGAGGAGAUCCUGUUUGUACUGAAGCCCGAGUGUCUGGUCUCCAUGCUGCUGUGUCCUGUGAUGGAGGAUAACGAGGUGAUCUUCAUUCACGGGGCGGAGCGGUUCAGCGACUACCAGGGCUACGCCCGCACUCUGGCCUUCGGCGGCGACUAUGUCGACACCAAGAGAACGGAGGAGGGCGACAUCGACAACGUGAUUGUGGCGGUCGACGCCAUCGUCGCGUGGGGCGACAUUCAGUGGCUCCCCGCCAGCUUGCUCAGGGAUCUGAACAAGAUGUACUGUUCGUGUUGGGACCCCACGAACGCCAUCCCCGGACACCCGCUCGCCACCGGGAACUGGGGCUGCGGAGCGUUCGGCGGGGACAAGUCGCUGAAGGCGGUGCAGCAGAUGAUGGCCGCGUCGCAGGCCGAGCGCGAUAUGGAGUACUUCACCUUUGGCGAAAAGUACGCCGGCCGCACCCUUGAGGACUGGCUCCUCGAGCUCAACCGCUUCGUCGUCGAACACAACCUCAGCGUCGGGGACCUGUACAAGGUGAUCACGGGUGGCCACGGGGCCAACGUGUUCGAGGCCAUCUUCAAGCACGGCGGUGCGAGGAACGCCGCCAGCGACAACGAACCCGACAACAACAACGACGACGAAGACGAGACAGACGAAGGUGGCGAAGACAACGAAGAGGAGGAACAGCAACCGCAGCAGCAGCAACAAUGA